AUGCGGUCAGCCACCAAGACAAACCCCUAUAUUUUUGCCUUUGGUGUAGUUGGAGCAGCCAUAAGCUCUAUGGUCGUCAUGUUUGCUUUUAUCAUUGCCGGCACAUCCUUCAUCUGGCCUCAUGUGUCUGAACUACGCACCAGUAAUCACAAAGUCAACUCCAGCCCAGGACUCAACUCAAUACUUCCUGCGCCAUGUCAUUCACAUAAUGACUACUGGAGACUCAUGCCUUUUCACUCGGCCGUAGAAGCUGGUUGCAUCGGUAUAGAAGCUGAUGUCUGGGCUGUCCAAGGAGAGCUUUAUGUUGGCCAUGAUCUGGGCGGUCUGUCGACUGACCGAACGCUAUUGUCAAUGUAUAUCCAGCCACUGGUUGAGCUACUCCAGUCCCAAAAUCUAGACACUAAUCCGAAUCUUCCGCCUCGAGGUGUAUAUGGUCGCAGACCUGAUCAAACAGUUGUGUUAUUGGUGGACUUGAAGUCAAAUCCCAACACAUCAUGGCCACUCUUGCUCAAGAGACUUGAGCCCCUUCGUCAAAAGGGAUGGUUAAGCCAUGUCCAGAACGGCAGGUUUAUUUCCAGGCCCAUUACAGUGGUAGGAACUGGCGAGACCGAGCUGCAUCUGGUGAACGAGGCCACCCCUUUUCGAGAUGUCUUCCUGGAUGCACCACUUGAUCAACUGGACGAGGAUCUUUACAAAGACCUGAACUCGUACUACACGAGCGUGUCAUUCGAAAAGUCUAUAGGAAAAGUUGGCUCAAAAGGCCUCAAGCCAGAACAGUUAACAAAGUUGCGGGAUCAAAUCUCGCAAGCUCAUAGCCGAGGUCUCAAAGUGCGAUACUGGGGCAUGCCGUAUUGGCCACUCCAUGUGAGAAAUCAGCUCAGAGAAGUAUUGAUUAACGAAGGCGUGGAUGUCCUCAACGCAGAUGAUCUGUGGGAGGCAAGGGAAAUUUUCUCCAAGAGAGGGUAUAUGAUUGAGUGA